AUGAGUGAUAUUUUGGACACGCGCAAUCUUAGUUUCGUGGGAGAUUUUAAUACGCAAAUGAAGGAAAUAUUACAAUAUAUAAUAUUGCCAGCAGAAAACCCAAUGUUACAAACUGUGUAUAAAGAUUUGGAGACGUUUUUCCAAGGCAUUUGGAGAGGUAUACAGUUUAUAAAUCUUGGUGAAAAGUAUUGCAAGCGGGGACCUGAGCAAAAGCUAAGCGACCCUCUGUUGGUCCCCACUGUCGCUGUGGAGUGCGGGAUGCGGGUCGCGAAAUCGAAAGAACGAAUGGCGGACCGUGGCAACCUUAACGGGAGGGGUGGGGGAACGGUUAAUAUACUUGGUUGCCAGAUAGAAGUGUUUGGAUCGAUAAUGAUUGGUCUAGCGAUGAAGAACAGUGAUAUAGACUGUUUGGUCAAUCUGCCACCAAACUUACGCAGAGAACCUAUAAUUCUACUUCGGGAGACUGAAAAAGCUCUCAGUCAAAAUACAAAGUUUCAAAUUGUGAACAUUAAUACCAAAAGCAAAAAACCUCUUAUUGUUGUCCUGCACAAACAUACACAAAUAUCAUGUGAUAUUACUUUUUCUGAUCGCAAUUGUAUAAAAAUAUGCGAUUUAAUGAUAUAUUUAAUUUCAAGAGACGAUCGCAUUCGACCUCUAAUGCUUACAAUUAAGUAUUGGUCAAAAAUUUAUGAUUUAACUGGCAAUAAGAAAAUGAAGAAUUUCUGUUUGCAACUACUAAUUGUGUUUUACCUACAACAGAAAGAAAUUCUUCCAUCCAUUAAAUCUUUACAACAGAAUAUUGAGGAAGAAAUCACGGGCCUGUGGAACACGGCUUUUGCUCGCCCUAUCAGUUAUUCUAAUGAUGACACGGAGACUGUGUACACAUUGUUAGGCGGUUUCUUUCAAUAUUACAGCAAUUUCGACUUUAAAAAUAAUAUUAUAUCAUUAUACUUGGGGCAUUUAAUCCAUAGAACAGACUUUGAAAAGCGACACUACAAUGAAUACAAUUUGUAUUACAAUAAUAUUCGCCAGCAUCUCUGUAAACCACUGUGUACAAAUUCAUUUGUGUGUGUGCAAGAUCCUUUUAACCAUGACAGAAAUAGUGCUAUCACAAUACUUCCACACGUAGCUAUGGAGAUAGUUAAUACUUUCAAUGUUGCUGCUUCGAUUUACAAAAAUGAAAAUGAACAGGAUUUCCUAAAAAAACUUCUAAACGGGCCUGACCUCAACAUUGCAAGAAGUAUGCAGACGUUUACGAUGGAGAAAAUGUGUAAGUACAGCUCAAGUUCGGUAAAGUAA